GGGUCGCAGUCGGCUCGAAAUUUCGGUGGUAUAAGAACCUAUCUCUCCGCUCGGUUGUUCAACGAACACGUUGCGCUCUCAUUCGUUAGAUUCGCACGCGGAUCGAACCGCAUCGUUCCGUCCGCAUAAUUAUAUACAUACAUAAUCGAGUGUUCUUGAGAAGUGAACGUUCGAAGAGAAAAGAAAGAAGUGACACAGUGAGUGAAUACGAUAACAGCGCGGGAUAAAAAGUGUGAUUUUGAAUAUGGAGAUUUCCCGGUUCCUCUUUCUCGUCUGGUGCGCCAUGCAUCACCUGGUUACCGGAUUCGAUCUGGGGCCGAUCGUCAGGAUCGCUCAGUGCAGAUCCCAGUGUUUGAGGAAGCACACUUCCGAUGGAAUCUGCGAUUGGUAUUCCGAACAACAACAACAGACUACUUGCAGCAUGUGCUGGCAGUACUGCGAGGCACUCGAGAACCGGUGGGAGAAGACAAGGACCAUUUGCGAGGGCGACCAGUAUCUACAUUGUCCAGCCUGCCAGACGGCCUGCACCUAUCGGAAAACCAGGAUAGAGGAGAAGUAUCUACCGUCCAUGUUACCAGCUCCUAAGAAGGCUCCCCUCGAUCUCGACAAAUUCGACGUGGCCGUGGUGAUGCGCAAGCUGUACAAGCAGUGGAGAGUGGCCGGCUAUUAUCCGGGGGUGCGUACACCGAAUCUGAGGCCGGACACGUGGAUCGUAGUCGCGAUGGAGAACGGGAUGAAGCACUACAGUUGGCAGGAAUGGGUCCCGAAAUUGGAAUCGUUGAAGGAGGGGCCGUUGUACGAGGCGACCAUCUCGUGGAAGGACGUGCAGACCCAGCUUCAGAAACAGAGGUCCCAGCAACAGGUCAGAUUCAACAACCGAGUGAGACAGUUCUUCCUGGAGAAGUACGGGGAGAAAGUUCUGGCCGAGUGGAGGAGCCAGGAGGACUCGCAGAUCUCGGACGACAUAUUUCGAAGAUUCUUCUUCAGGAGGAAGGACGAUCGAUCGGAGGACGAUCUCGAGGCCGACAACGCACCGUCGACGGGCAACGCUUACAACGACAGGAUCGAUUUGAAGGAUCGUUUGGAGGGCAAGGAGUCGUACGUGGUUUCGUGGGAGCCCGAGACAGGGGGUCUUAUGGGAAAUCAAGUGACCGACUCGAAUUGCGCCCAGAUUUCCCUCCUCCCCGGGACGAAAUAUCUCGUGAGGAUCGCCUCGAACGACGGACCCGGCAGCUUCCCGAUCGAAGUGGACACGACGCCUAAUUUCGUUCAGGUUAAGAGGAUAAAGGCACCACCCGUCCAAAUGUUGUAUUCUUGGGACAUAUACGCGGCUUUCGGAUGCGCAGUCCUCUUCGUGACCGGUUUCGUGCUGACCAAGAUAUACAAAAAGGAGAAGAUUGCUGCCGAGCACGUUUGAACAUGAAUGCUUCUUCUUUUAUUUUCCUUUUUUUUUUUUUUUUGCUACUAUGCACGAACGAGGUGUGGCGGGUCAAUGAAAAUGACAACAUAACGAGACAACUCAGGGAUAUGCUCUGACGGAGCGUGGAUGAUACUUCUGAUGAAUCCGGAGAAGGGAAGGAGAUAGGGAAGGAUGUGAAAAUUCCUGAAUUCGUUGGGAACGAUUGACGUUACGAAUGACGAUUGCGAAUACGCAAAUUUUACCAACGAUGUAAAUUCCGUAGAUUUGCGGUUAUAAGGUAUAAGUAUAUCGGAGUAAAUUGGAGUAAAUUUAAGUUACGCGACUAAUCAUACAUAGCGUAAAAUGUAAUAGUUUCCGAAGAGUAUUAAUCACGACGAUUGCAACCACUUGUGUAAAUUUCUAAACGUGGAAAUGUACAAAAGAGUAUCUAGCUAUUUUUGUAUAUGUAAUAGGGUAUUAUAUUAAAUAACUCCUUGCUCAACACUGAAACGAACAGACUGUAAAAGAGUUCCUAUCAAACUGAAAACGAAGAAGAAUAAGCGGCCGGUACGAGGCGCGCAUCACUCUGUAUUUAUUUGUAAAUAGUAGCCCGACAAACUUGUACAUAGUUCUUAAACUUAUAAAUAAAACUUACUUCUACCGAUAAUCCACUUUGUUGUACGAAUAUUCCUAACAACAAAUCCUGAAAUAUAUACCCUUUUAUCCUUCUUCGAAAUCGCUCGUUUUCGAGGAUAAGCGCCUUAGUUUUGACAAAAAUCUACCGAAUCUCACAGGUUUACCUUCUUAUCCCAGGAUUAAAAUAAUAAAAAGGAAGAAAAGAACGAGGGUUCCAAGACCUGCUCAUCGAAUUCGAGAAGGGACCCCGUAUCGAAUGGAUUUACAUUACAACGAGACUCAAACACAAUUUUUAUUCCUUGGACACGCGAGAGAGGAUCUUCUAAAAAAAAAAUUCCCGUUACACAAGUUUGGUCCUAUCCAUUAAGAUCUUUCCAAUUAUCUAUAUUCCCGAAAGAAAUCGGAGAACUACUGUUAUUCGCGGCGAAGAAACGGGCCCCGCGGGGAGUUCGCCCGAAUUCCAUCGGCGUUCAGAACUACUCCCGAGAAAGUUGCAGGGACGUCCAUUUCCUUUCCGUUCGUGGUGAACUCUUCUGGGGAGGGGAAUGCCUCCUCCUGGCAUUCGUUCGAGUCGAGGAGGUGCGUUGAACUUUCCCGAGCGAAUAAUAAUAAACUCGUCGUGAGUGGU